AUAAUUAAAAAAAAAAAAAAACCACAAUCGCUCCUCACUUUCCCUCCCCGAGGCCCCGACUCGAAACCCUAACCCCUCCGCUAAAACCCUAUCUCCGGAUCCUCCGUCACCGGAGAAGAUGCCGUCCAGGGCCACCUCCGCCGCCACCUCCGCCGCCUCCUCUUCCCUCGCCUCGCCACGUCGCCGGAGCUCCGGUUUCCCCUUCCGCCGCUGCGAGCUCACCCCCCGACGAGCCUCCGUCGCCGCCGCUCCCGUCGCCGUUAGAUGCAAAUUAGCUGAUCCACUGAGGUAUAGCAAUGGAGCAGUACCAUGCAAUUCGAUCCUUAAUGAGCGGAUAUUGCCUGGCGUGUUAACGACGCCUUACUUACAAGAGAUGAGCAGUAAGAAUGACAUGAGGCUGCGUAUAUUCUCGGGCACUUCCAAUCCCGCUCUUUCUCAGGAAAUUGCAAACUACUUGGGUCUAGAACUUGGAAAAAUCAAGAUAAAACGGUUUGCUGAUGGGGAAAUAUAUGUUCAAUUACAAGAGAGUGUAAGAGGAUGUGAUGUUUUCUUAGUACAACCAACAUGUCCGCCGGCAAAUGAGAAUCUUAUGGAGCUUCUGAUUAUGAUUGAUGCCUGCCGCAGAGCAUCUGCUAAGAAUAUCACCGCAGUCAUACCUUACUUUGGUUAUGCCCGAGCAGACCGUAAGACUCAAGGGCGUGAGUCUAUUGCAGCAAAACUUGUGGCCAAUAUGAUUACCGAAGCUGGUGCGAACCGUGUGCUUGCUUGUGAUCUUCACUCUGGGCAGUCCAUGGGAUAUUUUGACAUUCCAGUAGAUCAUGUUUAUGGUCAGCCCGUGAUCCUUGAUUACCUGGCGAGCAAGACCAUAUGUUCAAAUGACUUGGUAGUGGUCUCUCCAGAUGUUGGAGGUGUUGCUAGAGCCCGGGCUUUUGCCAAGAAGCUGUCAGAUGCACCUCUAGCUAUUGUAGAUAAAAGGCGCCACGGACACAAUGUUGCUGAGGUGAUGAAUCUGAUUGGCGAUGUUAGAGGAAAAGUAGCUGUUAUGGUGGAUGACAUGAUAGAUACUGCUGGAACGAUUGCAAAAGGUGCAGAACUGUUGCAUCAUGAAGGAGCAAGGGAAGUCUAUGCUUGCAGCACACAUGCUGUUUUUAGCCCUCCUGCAAUCGAGAGGCUGUCGAGUGGCCUAUUCCAAGAGGUAAUUAUAACAAACACAAUCCCCGUUCUGGAGCAGAAGAGCUUCCCCCAGUUGACAGUCCUAUCUGUGGCCAACCUUUUAGGCGAGACCAUUUGGCGAGUUCAUGAUGAUUGCUCAGUCGGUCAUGAACCUUACUCCAGCUUGGAUAUUGAUUGAUACCCUGUGGAGAGGUGGAAUAUGUUGUUAAGUGGAUAGCAUUUGAAUCAUGUGUCGUUAACACUAUCCGAUUCACGCUUCAUAUUAUAAACCAACAAGGAGUCUCAAAGAAUUAAUGUUUCCUUAAGAAUCAUCGUAGCACUUCUCAACUUCGAGGCUUUGAGCAUGUCGUAUAGUGGGUAGAGUGAUGUCCAUGAAUUUAGGAUUUGGGAUGUUUGGGAAAUAAUGCGCCCCGAGCUAAUAUAUCGUGAGCUUUACCAUAUGAGAAAUUGGGUGUUUUGGGGGGCCUUGUUUUGUUGUCUGAAAUGGUGUAUUACUGGAUAAUAAACAGCGAGUUUAUUUUAUGAAUGUAUUCUGCGGCAUUCUAGUAAUUCUGGCAGGCUGUUUUGCAAGAA